UCCGCCCAAUCAACGAGCGGCAUUCACCUGGCUGGUGCAGCCCUCGCCUGUCUUUCGUUUGUAAAAUGUUCACUUGAAAUCGUUACAUUUAAGUUAUAUAUAUAUAUAUAUAUAUAUAUAUAUAAAUAUAUCCAUAUAUGUUGGCAGUCGCUAUCGUUUCCCAACCCAAAAUUCCCUCAACGUUUCCAAUGAGAAAGUAGCGAGAAAGCCUCUUGUUUCUUUGGCGAGUUCGACCUACGUGGGAGCUGGCCGCCAGGCGUGUACCGAAGUGAACACAUCGCCCCGGUUGGGGAGUUGCGCCGCACGCUCAGUUGCAUAAUUUUCGCCUUGGGGGAAGGCAGUGUGUCAGCGGCCACCAUCUCAUCGCUCGCACGGUCCACACCGAACGGAAGGGCUACAAACGCGGCGGCCCACAGCUAUGUGCCACUCCGCGCUGCAUGCCCGCAACUUGCCUUUGACUCCACGUUACUGGAUUUCCACCGUCUGAUUACGGGAUUUUGAGGUCAAACCAGUUUGUUGUUGUCAAAAAUGAGUGCGAGGAGAAGAGGUGGGAAGCCCAACAGAGGUGGAUGGAAAUUUAACAAGCCAGGAGGAGGAGGAGGAGGAGGAGGAGGAGGUAGAAAAGGAGGAAGCGGCGGCUGGGAUGAUGACGAUGAUGAUUUCACCCUUGAUUUUGGACCACGGCCAUCCAGCAGACCCACCAAAGCACGAGGUGGCGGCAGCCAUACCAGCGGCAGUAGGAAUGGCAAUCCCGGAUGGGGAGGUAGCGAUCGAAACAGAUGCAAUAGACCCGAGUCUGUUCUCCCCAAAUCCCUGGCGAAGAACAGAACCUACACCAAGGCAAGUGACAGCAGCAAACCAGAGGCGAGCAGCAUGCCUAUGCAGAAGAUUUUAAUGACUGACAAGAAUCAAGAACUCCUCAAGGAGCUGCUGUGGGACCUGCGGACACGGGACUUCGACGAGCAUGAAGAUGAGACUGGUUUCGAUGAUUUACGAGAGGAGGAACACGAUGAACUGGACCAGCGUGAGGAAGGCCAGUUUUGGAGCACCAACGACGAGCCGAUGGAGAGAGCAGAGAGCCCGAGAGAGUACGAAUCGGACAACGAACGUCCUCCAGCCGAACCUAUCGUCUCCGUGUUUGCUAUAGGCAAACUCUGCAGGUAUGGCUUUGACCGGGAGCGCAGCAAGCAGGCACUGGAGUCCAGUGGAGGAGAAUUUGGCGCGACGCUGGAGCAGCUCCUUCAGCAGGUUUACACCGAACGCUACGGAAAGGAAGCAGUUUCCAGUGCGGACUUCGCCGCCAUGCCCGUGGAUGAGUGUCUGAACCAGAGGCAGGAGGAAGCGCUGGCGCUGGCUGCCAUUUACGGCGACCGCUUCCAGGAGCGCAUUGCCAAUUCAGUGUGGGUAAUAACCUUGGAUGGCCUGUUCCUUACAGACAACAUUGGCAAAAACUACAGUGCGAAUCAGAACGGUUUUAAGUCUUCUAAAAAAGUCUGCCAGUUUUACAUGAAAGGAAGAGGCUGCAGGUAUGGGAACAAAUGCAAAUUCAAGCACCAAGCUCCUGAUAAAGGCUUAUCAAAGCUACAGGGACCAGCCCAAGCUGAGAUAAGCAGCUAUUCUCCCCCGGAGUAUGAACUGGAGAUCCGUUUCCCGAAAGGAAACCGCUACCCAUAUCAAGCACCAGUUGUCGCCUUCAGCACCAACGCCGAGUCCGUCGGCGCCGCCGGGAGGCUCAGCGUGACUGAAAGGUUGUUUGGGGAGGCACUGACAGCCGCCCAAAACAAUGAACCCGUGGUUUAUACUCUGGUCAGCAUAUGCGAGGACGAGACCACCAUGAAGGAGCUGCUGGACGUCGCACAUCACAAAUACAGCAAGCCGCAGCCCGUUGUGGUUCCUCCUGCCUCGGUUGCGCCGGCAAAGCGUAAAAGUGUGACGAACAACGCUUCGGAGGAAAACGUCUGUCCCAGCAGGAGGAUCACGCCGCCAGUAGACCGGACUGGAGGGGCAGAGGGGCGGGAAGACGACGACGAGGUCUCCGCCGUCCCCAUCGAAAACGUCAGCUCCGUCAACCUGAGGAAGAAGGUGGCCAAUAAUCUCAACUCGCUCCAAGAGAAUGGCAAGCUGUGCAGAGAAUUUCACAGGAAACAGUCCUCCAAGCGCUUCAGGUCAAUGCUGGAGCAGAGGACGAAGCUGCCGGCUUGGAACGAAAGAGACAACAUUCUGGAUCUGUUGGAGGGGUGUCAAGUGUUGGUUGUCAGCGGCAUGACGGGGUGCGGUAAGACAACUCAGAUCCCCCAGUUCAUUCUGGAUGCUUCCUUGAGCGGUCCGGCGGAUAAGGUGGCCAACAUCGUCUGCACUCAGCCACGCCGCAUCUCCGCCAUCUCAGUGGCCCAGCGGGUGGCGCAGGAGCGGGCCGAGAGUCUUGGCAACUCCGUGGGCUACCAGAUCCGCCUGGAGAGUGUCCGGUCGUCUGCCACCAGGCUGCUUUACUGCACCACAGGAGUGUUGCUGAGAAGGCUGCAGGGCGACGUGGACCUUCAAUGCGUUACCCACGUCGUUGUGGAUGAGGUGCAUGAGCGCACAGAGGAGAGUGACUUCCUCCUGUUGGUCCUCAAAGACCUGAUUCUUCAGAGACCUGACUUGAAAAUUAUCCUCAUGAGCGCCACACUCAAUGCCAACCUCUUCUCUGAAUAUUUCUACAGCUGUCCAACUGUACACAUACCUGGUUGCACUUUCCCUGUCACCCAGUUUUUCCUUGAGGACGUCAUCUCUUUAACCCGGUAUGUGAUGGAGGACGGGAGCCCUUACAUGCGCUCAACGAGACCGAACCCUUCUGUGAGUGGGCAGGGAGGAAGAAGAAAGCCAAAGGACAUGGUGGACACCUUGGGGGAUGACAUGUGGAACUUCAUGUCUUUCACUAAAAAGGACUUUGUCAAAGACUCUGUGCCCGACCAACAACUCAGCCUGCAGGAACUCACGGUUAGAUUCAAAGAUUGUAAAGCGUCUGUGCUGAAGACCAUUGCUGCAAUGGACCUGGACAAGAUCAACAUGGACCUGAUUGAAGGUCUGCUAGAGUGGAUUGUGGAUGGAAAUCACAGUUACCCCCGAGGUGCAGUGCUGGUGUUUCUUCCAGGCCUCGCUGAGAUCAAGAUGCUCUACGAGCAGUUGCAGUCAAACAGGAAGUUCAACAACAGAUGUGUGGUGUACCCGCUCCACUCCACUCUGUCCAAUGAGGAGCAGCAGGCCGUCUUCAGUCGCCCCCGUGAGGGCGUCGCAAAGAUCAUCAUCUCCACCAACAUCGCCGAGACCUCGGUCACCAUCGACGAUGUGGUGUACGUCAUCGACUGCGGGAAGAUGAAGGAGAAAAGGUACGACGCAACCAAAAGCAUGGAGAGCCUGGAGGAUACGUGGGUGUCACGGGCCAACGCGCUUCAGAGAAGGGGCAGGGCAGGCCGCGUGGCCUCAGGGGUCUGUUUCCACCUCUUCACCAGCCACUGCUUCCGGCACCAGCUGGCGGAGCAACAGCUUCCUGAGAUCCAGAGAGUUCCUCUGGAGCAGCUUUGCCUCCGCAUCAAGAUCCUGGACGUGUUCGCAGAGCAAACGCUGGAGUCCGUCUUCUGUCGCCUCAUCGAGCCGCCGGCCACGGGCAGCUUGGACGCGGCCAAGCAGCGCCUGCAGGACCUGGGCGCCCUGACGUCCGAGGAGAAGCUCACCCCGCUGGGCUACCACCUGGCCUGCCUACCCGUCGACGUCCGCGUCGGCAAGCUCAUGCUGUAUGGCGCCAUCUUCCGCUGUCUGGACCCAGCACUCACCAUCGCUGCCAGCCUCGCGUUCAAAUCACCUUUUGUGUCACCAUGGCACAAACGUGAUGAGGCCAACGACAAGAAAAUGGCCUUUGCGCUCGCCAACAGUGACCAUCUGGCCCUGCUCCAGGCAUACAAGGGUUGGUGUGACGCUGAAAAGGCAGCCGACUUGUCCGGCCCCCAUUAUUGCCGGCAGAACUUCCUGUCUGUGCGAGUCCUGCAGGAAAUCGCUUGCCUCAAGCGGCAGUUUGCCGAGCUGCUGUCCGACAUCGGUUUCAUCAAAGAAGGGCUGAGGUCCAGAGUGAUUGAGCGGCUUGGCUCCAAAGGCUCUGACGGGCUUCUAGAGGCUACUGGGCCAGAGGCAAACCUGAAUGCAGAUAACAUCCAUCUAAUGUCUGCCAUGCUGUGUGCUGCCCUCUAUCCUAAUGUGGUGCAGGUCCAACCCAGCGAGGGGGUUUGUAAGGUGAGCGUCAAAGGAGUGGUCAAGAUGCUCCCCAAGGCCAACGAGCUGCGCUUCCUGACCAAGAGCGACGGCUGCGUCCACGUUCACCCCUCGUCCGUCAAUUACAACGUACGUAAAUACCCCAGCCCCUACCUGGUGUACCUGGAGAAGGUGAAAACCUCCCGGGUUUUCAUCCGGGACUGCAGCAUGGUGUCCGUGUACGCUUUGGUGCUCUUUGGAGGCGGGGAGGUCAACGUGGAGAUCCACAAGGGCAAGUUUGUCAUAUCCCUCGACGAUGGAUGGAUUCGGUUCGCUGCCGAUUCUCACCAGGUGGCUGAACUGGUGAAGGAGCUGCGCUGGGAGCUGGACCGCUUGCUGGAGGACAAAAUCCGGAACCCUAGCAUGGACCUGUGCAGCUGCCCCCGCGGCUCCCGCAUCAUCCGCAUGAUCGUCAACCUCGUGUCCACUCAGUAGCUCUGCCACUGUUUCACUCUCCUAAGUGCUUCGUUUUCCCACAUCUUUCUGACUCCUAUAGGUUAUGAUCCCAUGCUUGUCUUUUUCCUCACGCACGUUGUUGAAGUAGCCAUCAAUGGAUUCAUGGGUAGGAAAGAAAAAAUAUGCACUCGAGCACAAUGUGUUUGCUUUUUGUGCGUCGCUGCUUACCAACAAAAGCCUCGUGUCCUGACAGCAUUUUAAUUAAUUUUUUUUGGGCUAUAGGGACUGCGUGUUGACUGAAAUUCACACGGCAUUGCAUUAUUUAAGAACACUUACACCGCAAAUCUUCGUCGCCAUGCUGCCACAUUACAUUAUAUCAUGGACUGUGUGUGUGUCUACCAAUUGUUUUGCACCAACUUCUCGGGAUCCAUAUUGGAAGCGUUGUACCGAAAGUGACUCUGUACUGACAAUAAUGUUUUUGACAGGGAGCUCCAGUUGUGUCUCCAUGCUUUUCACACAUUUAACGUGAUCUGAAUGUAUUUGCACGUUUACGAAGUCACGCCAAGUGCUCUUUGAAUGUGGGGAGUUGCCAAAUAAUUUGUCUUAAAACAUUAAAAAGUUGGCUUUUA